GCAACCACAGGCCACCCAAACCCAACGCACACCAAACAAAAACAACAACAACAAGAUCACCGGCGCAUCCCAUCCCAGAGCAACCACACACGCAGACAAGCAAGAAUGGCGAUCGCCGUGAGCGGGCAAUGGACUCGCCUGCGGACGCUCGGCUGCGGCGCGUCGGGGGCCGUGGUCACCCUGGCGGCCGACGCCGCGUCGGGGGAGCUGUUCGCGGUCAAGUCCGUGCGCGCGGCGGACGCGGCGCAGCUGAGCCGGGAGCAGGGGAUCCUCUCCGGGCUCUCCUCGCCGCACGUCGUGGGCUGCAUCGGCGGCGGCGGCGACCGCGACGGCUCCUACCACCUCUUCCUCGAGUUCGCCCCCGGCGGCUCGCUCGCCGACGAGGCCGCGAGGAAUGGGGGCCGCCUGGAGGAGCGCGCCAUCCGGGCGUACGCGGCGGACGUCCUGCGCGGGCUCGCCUACAUCCACGGCAAGUCGCUCGUGCACGGCGACGUCAAGUCGAGGAACGUAGUGAUCGGCGCCGACGGGCGCGCCAUGAUCGCCGACUUCGGGUGCGCGAGGGCCCUCGGUUCGGCCGGGCCGAUCGGAGGCACGCCGGCGUUCAUGGCCCCGGAGGUGGCACGAGGCGAAGAGCAGGGGCCGGCCGCCGACGUGUGGGCUCUCGGCUGCACGGUCGUCGAGAUGGCCACCGGGCGCGCCCCGUGGGGCGAGAUGGACAACGUCCUUGCCGCCGUCCACCGGAUUGGGUACACGGACGCCGUGCCGGAGGUGCCGACGUGGCUGUCAGCGGAGGCGAAGAGUUUCCUCGCCAUGUGCUUCGCGAGGAACGCCCGCGACCGGUGCACGGCGGCGCAGCUCCUGGAGCACCCGUUCGUGGCAUUGCAGGCAGGAGAGGCCAAGGCCAGGUGGGUGUCUCCCAAGAGCACGCUCGACGCAGCAUUCUGGGAAUCGGAGACCGACGAGGAAGAGGAGGAGGAGGAGGAGGUUUCGGAGAGCCCGUCCGAGAGGAUCAAGUCAUUGUCGUGCUCCGUCUUGCCGGACUGGGACUCCGACGAAGGCUGGAUCGACGUGCUCGGCGAGCAGUGCGAAGCUUGCGAUUCACCAGCAGCAACCAAGGGGCCAGCUGAUGUGUCCAGCAGGGCGCCAAGCAAAGUGCUCGGGUCCCCGGCGGUGCCAGCUGAAGACGUAGCUGUCGUCGGCACCCUUUCAAGUGAUGAACAUGAAGUGGACGCAGAGGAUGAGCCUUUCGGUGACGAUACCAUCCUGGCCGCUGAUCCUUCGGUGGACCGCCAGAACCAAGUGUGUUCGAGCUCAGAUAGAGAUGUACUUUCAUCAUCACAUGUACCCUGUAAUAAUCGAGUUCUUGCAAUAGAAAAGUUUCGUUUUCCACAAAUCUUGCUGUGCCGUUCUGACAAUCUCUCUUGCGUUCCUACUCUGUUCUGGACCAGUACUGAAUUUCUAGCCGAUGCUGGCCCGGAGGCGCGCCGCCGCCGCCAUCAUGCCCGUGGCCAGCGCCGCCGACUGCCCCCCGACAGCGACGCCAACAGCGGCAGCUGCUGCUGCAAGAAGAAGCGCAGGUCGACCCUGGGCGACGACGACCAGUGCGCGCCCGGCGGGGAGGGCUUCGCCAAGCGGUAUCGGCUGGGCGCGGAGUUGGGGCGCGGGGAGUUCGGGGUGACGCGCCGCUGCGAGCACGCGGCCACGGGCGAGGCGCUGACCUGCAAGACCACCCGCCGCAAGUGGCUGCGUCGCGCCGCCGACGCCGAGGACAUGCAGCGGGAGGUGGAGAUCCGGCGGCGCAUGUCGGCGCUGGAGGGCGCAGGCGGCGCCGUGGUGCGGCUCCGCGAGGCGAAUCGGGCGCUUUUCUGA